AUGAAUGGUGUUUAUUUUCAGGGCAUGCAGGUGGAUGUAAUUGUGGGUUAUGGGUGUCCUGGUCUUUCUAUUACGGCAAAUGCUUUUGCUACAGCUGAAAUUGCUAGAGUUGAUGCAAGCUGUUCUACUUUCUUCUUGGUGGAAGGAGGUUGGGUACUUGAAGGCCAAAAGCAAUGGAUAGGAAACAAUACAUUUGCCGAUGUCUUGAUUAUUUUUGCUAGGAAUACAACAACAAAUCAGAUUAAUGGAUUUAUAGUAAAGAAGAAUGCCCCUGGACUGACAGCUACAAAAAUAGAAAAUAAAUUUGGUUUACGCAUUGUUCAAAAUGGAGAUAUUCUCUUAAAUAAAGUAUUUGUUCCAGAUGAGGAAAGGCUACCUGGUGUUAAUUCUUUUCAGGAUACUAACAAGGUUCUUGCUGUUUCGCGUGUCAUGGUCGCCUGGCAACCUAUUGGUUUAUGUAUGGGGGUCUAUGAUAUGUGUCACAGGUAUCUGAAGGAGAGGAAACAAUUUGGAGCCCCUUUUGCAGCUUUCCAGAUCAACCAAGGGAAACUUGUCCGUAUGCUUGGUAAUGUUCAAGCUAUGGUUCUUAUAGGUUGGCGCCUCUGCAAGCUGUAUGAGGCGGGUAAAAUGACUCCUGGUCAUGCUAGCAUGGGGAAGUCAUGGAUCACUCUGAGGCCAAGGGAAAUAGUUGCUCUAGGGAGGGAAUUACUUGGUGGCAAUGGAAUCUUAUCUGUGGAUUUAAAAUUUUAUAUUUAG